AACCUAACCAUAGUUAACUCCUAACCGUACUUCAUUACCACCCACUCACUCAUUCUCGUUCUCUAUUCUCCUCUUCCUACUCUUUAUUUAUACCCCAUUUACACCUGCACCCUAGUUCCAUUCCCUUCUGCUUCACCUCUUCUCCUUCUUCUCCUCAUGUGAACGCUAUUUCACUACAAUAAUACUACAACACUUCAAAAUAAACAUGAGUUGCAACGGUUGCCGUGUCCUUAGAAAGGGUUGUAGUGAGUCUUGUAUCUUACGCCCUUGUAUUCAAUGGAUCGAUACCCCUGAAUCACAAGGCUAUGCCACUCUCUUCGUAGCCAAGUUUUUUGGUCGUGCUGACCUUAUGUCUUUCAUUUCUAACGUCCCUCAACCACAAAGACCCGCUUUGUUUCAAUCUCUCUUGUUUGAAGCGUGUGGACGAACGGUUAAUCCCGUUAACGGUGCUGUUGGCCUUUUAUGGACAGGAAACUGGCACGUGUGUCAAGCGGCUGUUGAAACCGUUCUCCGCGGCGGAACCCUUGGGCCUAUACCGGAGCUUCUAUGUUUAGAUGACGCAUCCGAAGGGGAGGUCACGUGUAACGACGCGCGGAGGAUCCGAGAUCCGAACUCGAGUUUCCGGUUCGUGAGUUCCGGUGGUAAACGCAAGCGAUUGAGUGAAGCUGCGAAGAUUCAGACUCAGACGACGACUGAUCUUAAUCUCCGGUUGACUCCAUGUUUUCUUCAGAACGCGUUGACCAACAGUUACCGGAGGGACGUUUGUCGGCAGGGGACACCGUCGUUGAAUUCUGAGGAAUCUGUGACGACGACGACGACGUGUUUGGAGAGUGGGAACGGAGAUGAGUACGUUCACGACGGAGACCGGAAAGUUCUUAACCUUUUUGUUUGAGGGAUAUUUCUUCUUUAUGAGAUUCGUGUUUUUUGUUUCUGGAUCGUGCGAUUAAGGGCUUGUGAGCACGCUAUUUUUGUCUUUUUUUUAGUGAUUUCUUUUACCGGAAAAUAAUUCCGGUGAGAUUUUGUAAAACGCCGGCACAUGAUUUUUCUCUGUUCUUUUAUUAACAGGGAGAAAGAUGAAGGUUAGUCGGUGAGGAUUUUUUUUUUUUAAAAAAAAAUCUGUCAAACAUGUUGCUAUGAAGGUGUGACAUGAAUAUUAAAUAAUUAAAUCCUAAAGUAAAAACAUAUUUUCUUUUUAUUAUUA